AUGGAUGCAGUCUGCACAUACAGAGCCAAUGCUACCAGUCCUGAAUUCGACCGAAUCAAGGUUUAUCACGAGUUCAGCGAGAUGACAGCCAGCUGCUCUGAGCUAGGUCCCUACAGGCUGGACGCAGCAAGUGUUUAUGUUAGUGGAGCCCCCACAACAAGGCAGAUCUCUGCCCUUUUGGGGGUUUUCAUUGGAGAGGAAGCCUUGCUUUACCCUGACACUGAAGUUAUUGAGCCGAUGCAGAACAGCAUCAUCCUCAGUUGGGAAGCAGCCAAAACCCUGUGGCAGCACCUCUUUGAGCAUGAGCUUCAGAUCCCACCGGAGUACGUGCUGCUCAUCACUGAGCCCCUACUCAGUCCCAUCACCCACCAAGAGAAGACAGCAGAGGUAGUGUUUGAGUCACUGGGCUCCCCUGGCCUCUUUGUUGCCCACCAGCCUGUCCUGUCCACCUACGCCCAUGGCAGAAACAGCAGUCUGGUGGUGGAUGUGGGCUACAGCAGCCAUGCCAUACCAGUCCACGAGGGCUACAGCUUGGCACAUGCCCCCAAGAGGAUGGACCCAGCAGAGUCAUGCCUCUCCCGUUACCUGAAGACACUUUUGGGGGACAUGGGAUACAUGCUCAGCAGCGAGAUGCCCCAUAUGGUAGAAGACAUCAAGCACAAGUGCUGUUGUGUUGCUUCCAACUUUGAGAGCAAGUGCCAGCUCCCACCAAACAGCUGCACCCUGGACUUUCCCCUGCCCAACGGCCAGACCAUCAGCCUCAGCAAGAUGUUUCAAUGCCCAGAAGUGCUCUUCAACCCUCUGACAAUGCGGUUUAUUUCCUAUAUGGGCAUCCAUGAGAUGGCCUGGAGAAGCCUCAACCAACUUCCAGAAGAAAUGUCAACAGUGUACAAAAGCAUCCUCCUGUGUGGAGGGUCCUCUGUCUUUGAGGGGCUCAAGAGGAGGUUUUGCAGCAAGCUCCUCUGAAGCCUGGCCCCCAACACUGAGGUCAGGGCAGCCACCGCGUCGCUGUGGAGGUACUCAGCAUGGAUAGGGGGAUCCAUCCUCAGCUCCCUCAAGACCUUCCAGACGUGAUAGGUCCAAAGGGACAAGCGUGAUGAAGAGGAGCCAUGCAUCAUCCACCAGAGACACUACUGA